UUUUUUUUUUUGUGAGAGGAUUUGUGGGGGGAAUAGGAUCGGCGGCGGCGGAAUUGGAUUCGGAGUCGUCUUCUUCCGGCCCCCCGGCGACGGGACGGCUCGGUCCGGGGAUGGCCGUGUGAGAGCGCUUGUUCCGAUUCUUCGUUGGCUUAGUUGAUAGGUUGGUUAUGAGGGGGGGAAUAAUUCGAAAAGGAGGAGCUGAUUCUUGUAGAUAGAUAGAUGUUGCUCUUUCCGUCAUGGAGAAAGGCGAGCCCGCAUUCAAGCCAGAGUGGUUGAAAUCGUCCAACGGAAGCACGAGCAGCAAUGCCUCUUCGAACCACCUCACCGGCACUUCUUCCCAUUCGAAUGAACACGGUGCAGGGAUUUCCUCUCGAAACAGACUGCCCGCUGCCGUGGGCGACCGCGACAGGGGUUUGUUAUCCUCCGCCAGACGGAGUUCAAGCUUGAAUGGGAAAUCUAGGGCUUACAGUAGUUUUGGUAGGAGCAACCGCGAUAGAGAGCGGGAAAAGGAUCUUGAUUUGCUUGACAGAGAGAGUAGAUCGGUUCUUCUCGACAAUGGUUACAAUGACCGUUUCGAUUCGUUAAUAGCGAGUAGGUCGGAAAAGGAUAGUUUGAGGCGGUCGCGCUCCAUGGUGUCGGGGAGGCCGGUAGACACGUGGACAAAAACAGUAGGAACUAACUCAAAAAAUGAUGUUCCUUCCAGGGGGACUAUGAGUAAUGCCUCCUUUGAAAAAGACUUUCCAUCCCUUGGUGCCGAAGAGAAGAAUGGACGGCUAGAUGUGGGUAGGGUUUCAUCUCCAGGUAUUAGCACCCCACUUCAAAGCAUUCCGUUAAGUGUCACAGCCAUAUCUGGAAUUAAUAGCUGGAAUUCUGUGUUGGCUGAAGUGCCUAAGAUGGUCGGAUCAAACGGACCCCAAUCUGCACCUACUAAUCAAGUUCCUUCGACCCCAAGCUCUUCGAUGGGCCUAAAUAUGGCUGAAACAGUAGCACAGGCUCCAUCACGAUCUCGUAAUGCACCUCAGUUAUCAGUUGAGACACAGAGGAUUGAAGAACUAACCAUUAGACAAUGCAAGCAGCUAAUACCAGUGACGCCUUCAACAACUAAAAGUUUGGUAGGUUCCUUACCUUUUCCAAGUUAACUUCCUUCUGUUAUUCUAUUGAAUACCCUGUUCAUUUGCAAUCGGUAAUAGCAUGAUGUUUCCCGAUUUGCACCUUAUCAUUACAACGGAAUCUCCACCAAUGGCAUGUCCAUUGUGUGGUUGUCGCAUUCUGUUGGAUUUAAUUUUGGUCUCAUUAUGAUACUAAUGAUUAUUAGCCAGAUUUACUAUUAGCUAUACAACUUGGUGAGUCUUCAAAUAUCUCUUCUCUAACACAUUAGCUAAUAGUUGUCGUUGCAUGACGAACUUGGUGAAUGUCUAUAUGGCCAUAAAUAAAACCUCAUGCAUGUUUGUUUGUAGGCUUGUCUUGGUGCUUAACGUCUCCUU